CCCCCGGUCGGCAGUGACGUGUUCGGCGUGGAAGGAAGAGGACGUGCUUGAUCCGCAGCCAUGGCCGAUUUAUUCAGGAAUUUAACCCUUCUGCUCAUGACGGAGAAAUGUUUCGACAAAUUCUUCGUCGAAAAUGAGUUCCUGGAUGGUCCCUGUCUGGCUGCGCUCAUCAGCACCUGCCUGGGAUAUGGCAUCACCCUGGGGGCCAUGAUGGUCAAACUCCCGCAGAUCAUCAAAAUUGUCGUUGCCAAGAGCGGAGAGGGAAUCAGCGUGGUGGGGACGAGCCUCGAGCUUUUGGCUGCAAUGAUCACCACUUCGUAUAACUUCCUCAAGGCCCACGCAUUCAGCUCAUAUGGUGACAGUUACUUCAUAACACUUCAGAACUCAAUUAUUGGCUUCCUAGUGUAUUACUACAGUAGCUCAGCACUUCCAGCUGUCCUCUACCUGACCGCUGCCCUCUCGACCACAGCCUUGCUCUGCUAUGGGAUGGUACCCCUCAGCCUUCUUUGGUAUCUUCAGGCUAUGAACAUCCCUAUGGUAUUUGCUGGAAAGAUGGUCCAGGCCGUAUCCAACUACAAGAAUGGCAGUACAGGUCAGCUGUCUGUGGUGACUGUCUGCCUACUGUUCUUUGGCUCAGCCACAAGGAUCUUCACUUCCAUCCAGGACACAGGUGACCAGGUCAUGAUCAUCCAGUACUGCGUAGCCACCUUGGCCAACUUCAUCCUACUGGCACAGAUCUACAUUUACUGGGACGUUCCUGCUGCCAAAAAGGGGGGCAGGAAGAAGGACCGCUCGGGAAGCAAUAAGAAGAAGCAGUAGAAGCAAGAAGUGUGUGUGGAGGUUGUACAUGUGGUUUACUCUCUGGAUUCAGGUUACUACAGUGUGCUUGUGGGUGUCGACGUGAGUGCUAGGCGACAAGGCCUGUGUACAUAACGUUUAUAGUAACAACUGUACAUGAAUUAUCAGUUGAUUUCAAAUUGGAUUUUUUUUUUUUUUUUUUUUUUUUUUUUUUUUCUUUUUCUUUUUCUUUAUAAUGUUAUUGUCACAAAAUUAGUAAAUGAAUUUUGCAGUUUGUUUUUAUUAUAUAUUGAGUUGAUAAUUGUUGUUGGACAUUGAUUGUCUCGUAAAGUCAAUGAAAGUGAUGUAAAUAUAAUUGUUAUUUAUGUUGUAUGUAUGCUAUGUGACUUGGUUAUUUGAGAAUUGUUCUUCAACUUCCAUUGUUCUUCCUUCGUGUCAUGUUUGUCAUAGAAAUGAUUUUUUCUAUACAUGUCCUGUUGGUGUCUACAAAAGACAUUAUUUUUCUCCUAUGUGUUGCUGUGUCUACAUUCCUUUGGUCCCUCUUAUAGAAAGAGGGAAUUAAAACUUUGUUUUUUUAA